AUGCAUAUGAAGUUCGCUGCAACAAUCUUCAUCCUCAUGUCCUCUCCAGCCUUUGGUGGCCCAAUUCAUACCGGGGUCAAUUACCCACAUCCUCAUACCAGUGAUCCGAAGAGCAAUUUCUCACGUUACGAGACAAAUACAACAAAGCACGACUUGGAAUGGAAACGAGAAGAAUCCUCAUUCAACACGAUCUUCUUUGCUGGCACCGAAAGCCUGGGAUUCUUUCUCCCGCAGAAUGGCGAAAUCUACAAUCUGGGGAAUAUCCAAUGCUUCGAGAUCCCCGCUGUGGCAGUUGGCGAAUGCGACGGUGUUAGUGUAUCGGCAAUUGGCAUCGCUCAAGGCACUGGCCCCUGUACAUUCUACGGAUUCGAGGGUGCAGUUGUGACCGUGACUGAUGACAAGGGGGCCCUCCCAGUUGCACCCCCGCAGGGCAUUCAGCAAGCAACUUGUGGUUAA